GCGCAUAAAUCAGAUUUAAGAAGAAGAGCUCUGGUGGGAAUAGGGUGGGGGAGCUCGGCUUUACAAGGGGGAUCCGAAGGUACCUCCUUCCAGCAAUUUGGCAACCACUAGCCAAACUUCCGCGACUUUCCCUCCCUAAGCCUGAUCUCCUCGAGGGUACGCUGUAGCUUAGCACACCGUGCGCUCCUCACCGCAAGUCUCUUCCUUCUUCCCACCGUCUUCUACGCCAGGUCCUGCCAUGGAGCUGCGCUCCGAGCUGCCUAGCGUGCCCGGCGCAGCAACGGCGGCGGCAACAGCGACAGGGCCGCCCGUGGCGUCGGUGGCGUCGGUGGCAGCGGCGGCGGCGGCGGCCGCGUCGCUACCGGUGAGCGUGGCGGGCGGCUUGCUAAGAGCGCCGCCGCUGUUGUUGCGGGCGGCGGAGAAGUACCCGCGGACCCCCAAGUGCGCGCGCUGCCGCAACCACGGCGUCGUGUCGGCGCUCAAGGGCCACAAACGCUACUGCCGCUGGAAGGACUGCCUGUGCGCCAAGUGCACGCUCAUCGCCGAGCGCCAGCGCGUCAUGGCGGCGCAGGUGGCGCUGCGCCGGCAACAGGCGCAGGAGGAGAACGAGGCGCGCGAGCUACAGCUGCUCUACGGCACUGCCGAGGGCCUGGCGCUCGCCGCCGCCAACGGCAUUAUCCCGCCGCGACCCGCCUACGAGGUCUUCGGCUCCGUGUGCGCCGCCGACGGCGGGGGGCCGGGAGCGGGAGCGCCCGCGGGGACCGGAGGCGGCGCAGCGGGCGCGGGGAGCUCAGAGGCCAAGUUACAGAAGUUUGACCUGUUCCCCAAGACGCUGCUUCAGACCGGCCACCCCGGCAGCCCGCAGCCGCCACCGGGGAAGCCCUUAUCACCCGACGGCGCGGACUCGGGGCCCGGGACAUCUUCUCCGGAGGUGCGGCCGGGCUCGGGCUCGGAGAACGGCGACGGCGAGUCCUUCUCAGGGUCGCCCCUGGCCCGGGCCUCCAAGGAGGCAGGUGGGAGCUGCCCGGGCAGUGCAGGCCCGGGAGGCGGUGGCGAGGAGGACAGCCCGGGCUCCGCCAGCCCUUUGGGCUCCGAAUCCGGUUCUGAGGCCGACAAAGAAGAGGCAGAGGCCGCUCCCGCUCCAGGGCUGGGCGGGGGCCCGGGUCCACGGCAGCGGACGCCGCUGGACAUCUUGACGCGCGUCUUCCCGGGCCACCGGCGAGGCGUCCUGGAGCUGGUGUUGCAGGGUUGCGGCGGCGACGUGGUGCAGGCCAUCGAGCAGGUGCUGAACCACCACCGCGGGGGCUUGGCAGCCGGCCUCGGUCCCGCCGUGCCCCCUGAUAAGGCCGCAGUGGGUGCAGUAGCAGCCGCGGACGACGCGUGGCCGGGCCGCGUCGACGCCGCCGCUGCCGGGGGGCCGGGGCUGCCCGCGCCGCUGCAGGCCGGCCCCGCCGCUCCUCCGCACCACAGACCUUUGCUGGCCGGCGCCAUGGCGCCUGGGGCGCUGGGCUCGCUGAGCAGCCGCUCGGCAUUCUCACCACUGCAGCCCAACGCCAGUCACUUCGGCGCCGACGCAGGCGCCUACCCGCUGGGUGCGCCGCUCGGCCUCAGCCCCCUGCGCCUGGCCUAUUCGGCGGCAGCGGCGCACAGCCGUGGCCUGGCCUUCAUGGCUCCCUACUCGACCGCCGGCCUGGUGCCCACACUCGGCUUCCGCCCGCCCAUGGACUACGCCUUCAGCGACCUCAUGCGCGACCGCUCGGCCGCCGCCGCUGCGGUGCACAAGGAGCCCACCUACGGCGGCGGCCUGUACGGGCCUAUGGUCAACGGCGCCCCUGAGAAGCAGUAGGGCCAGGGGCCCGGCACCGGGCCGCCCCCAAACGGGGACCCCAGCCUUGAUCCCGCGGGCCGCCGGUCCUUCUUUGCCCGGGGCGCUCUGUGCGCCCCGGCUGGGGUGUUCUCGCUCAAAGGUGAUUUUCGGUUUUGUUUUGGAAGGUGGGCAGAGAGCUGAGCAAAGGGGGAGCAACUACAGAUGCAGGUGUUCUCGGAGAGGGUGCGUGGUCCUGAUCCUCAUCCUCUGGCCACCUCCCAAGGCUCCUCCAGCCCUUCAAAAGGCCGGGAAUUCUUGAGAAUUCAGAGGCUGCGGCCGCCGCACACGCUCCUGCCUCUCCUUUUCCUGUGCUCAUCCCACCCGCCCGCUCUCCAGUGGAUGGCAGGAUAGUCCGAGAAUCUGUCUUC